AUGGCGGACACUGUACCAGACAUCAGCCAAGUCCCACUUCUAGAGAUGCUCAUCAACGGGGCAUGUUCAGACAUCGUCUUCUUGCCCGAUGAAGACACAACAAUUGCAGCCCAGACACUAACGACAACGACGACAACAACAAAGCCAACGACAACGUCAGCGACAGCAUCAACUGCAACAGCAAAACCUUCGACGGGAACAUGCGGAACUGUCUUUAACCCCGAAUCCUCUCUGAGAGUCAUCAACGGACAGAGGGUGGCUGUAGGGGAAUACAAGUUCCUUGUGACGCUCCUUAAAAACGGCCAGGUUGUGUGUACCGCCACAAUCAUAGACCCAACCCACGUCAUGACGGCAGCUCACUGUACUGUACGCUCGACGGCACAACAGCUAUCGGUUGGCAUAGCCGAGCAUGAUUUUACCAAGAAUGACGGCGAAAAGAUCAUCCAGGUGAAGACCCUUACCCAGCAUCCCAGGUACAACGAUGUCCAGUUAGUGAACGACAUCAGCGUCCUGACACUGUCGCAGCCCAUCACCGGCAUCAAGAACGCCGAGCCUGUGUGUCUCCCAGUCAACGACCAGUGCAUGAACCUCCAAGGAAGGAAGUGUAUCGUCGCAGGGUGGGGAGUCACCUCACAGCAGGGGGGUACCAAUACGUAUCCAGACUUCCCCUCCGACGCAAGUGUCCAGGCUUAUGAUGGGAACUCGUGCCCCUACAGAGAAUCACCGCCCAGUGACAAGAAUACUCAGAUCUGUGCUGCUGGGGAAUCCGACACCUGUGAAGGGGAUUCCGGGGGUCCGUUGGUCUGCCAGUACGGCGGUAGAUGGGUCCAGUGUGGCGUUACGUCAUACGGGUUAGAGGAAUGCAAUGUCAAGGACACACAGGGUAUCUACACCAAAGUACCUGCCUACAGUACAUGGAUUCAGUCAGCUCUUGCCAAAUGAUCACUCGGCCAA